AUGGCCAACUGUUUAGAGGCCAGACAAGUGGUAGUUGUAGUUCAGCAUCACCGCUUUGAAUUAAGUCACGGGAACACGCAACAAGAGGAGACGCUGGGAGGAGAAGCAGUUGUGGAGGAUAAGAAAGGAUUCUCCGCGUACAUCAGUAAACUGACGCGGGGCAGGAGAGAAGCGGACAAACCUGCGCGCUCCUCUGACACCAGCCCCGCGCCAGCGGAGGACAUCAGCGCCAAUGACAUCUUCAUCGCAGUGAAAACCACCAAGAAGUUCCACCAGUCCAGACUCAACCUGCUGCUGGACACGUGGAUCUCCAGGAAUAUGCAACAGACGUACAUAUUCACUGAUGGGGAAGAUGAAGAGCUGAAGAAAAGAAUUGGGAGCCAUGCGAUCAACACAAACUGCUCUGCCGCACAUAGUAGACAAGCUCUCUCCUGCAAAAUGGCUGUGGAGUACGACACAUUCAUAGAGUCUGGUAAAAAGUGGUUUUGUCACGUGGAUGACGACAACUACGUGAAUGUGAGGACUCUGGUCAAACACCUGUCCCAAUACACUCACACCCAGGACAUGUACAUCGGAAAGCCCAGUCUGGACCGACCCAUCGAGGCCACAGAAAGACUGGGAGACAAAAUGAAACCAGUGAACUUCUGGUUUGCCACUGGAGGAGCAGGUUUCUGUGUGAGCCGAGGACUGGCGCUGAAAAUGAGCCCUUGGGCCAGUGGAGGCCAUUUCAUGAACACAGCAGAGAAAAUCCGUCUCCCUGACGACUGCACCAUCGGUUACAUCAUCGAGUCGGUACUGGGCGUCCCGCUGACCCGUAGUAACUUGUUCCACUCUCAUCUGGAGAAUCUGCAGCUGGUGUCGAAACCGGACAUCUACAAACAGAUCACUCUCAGUUAUGGGAUGUUUGAAAAUAAGAGUAACAUCAUCAAUUUGAAUGGAGCUUUCACUAUUGAGGAGGACCCAUCCAGGUUCAAGUCGCUGCACUGUCUGCUGAACCCGGAGACUCAGUGGUGCCCUCCUCAGGUUGCCUUUUAG